UGUCACAUGUAGUUACACAGUAAUAACAGUAAAUUAUGCAUAAUUGCGUGCAAUUUUCCUAAUAGUAAAAUGUUAAUUAUUCAUUCUCAGUAUUUAAAUGUGCAAUUAGGCCUACAGUAACCACUGACUUCCAUAGUAUGAAAAAAGGAAGUUAAUGGCUACCGCCAACUGUUCAGAUAGUAAUAUUUUUUUGUAAUUGUCAAUAUAUUCUUUUGUGCUCGACUGAAGAAAGAAACUCGUAGAGGUUUGGAACAAUUUGAGAAUGAGUAAAUGAUAGAAAUCGCAUUUUGGGUGAACGGUUCCUUUAAAUGACUGAUAUAUGCGGCCUGCACAUACAAGGGAAGAAAAGCCAUAAAUAUGCACAACGAUGAAAUCACACUCUGAACAUUGUUUCAAAUCUCAAGAGGCUUUGAGAGAUAGACGAUCGACUAUUCAGUUCUUACCGCCUUCGUCAUGAUGGGGUUGGACUGUAGAAAAAGAAAGGAGGAGUCGUGGUUUUAAUAUAGAAAACAUGUUUUUUUUUGUUGUUGUUUGUUUUUUCAUUGUUGCCUAUUAUGUGUUACGAAAUAAACGAAUUACAGGCUUGUUUAAAAACGCCGAUUUUUUUUUUGUGGGUGAAUUGCACAAUAUGACCCAUUUGUUGGUCAGUAGGGGAACAUACCAUUGGGGGGGGGGGGGGUUUGGCGACGCAACCCAGCAGUAGCAGCAGAUCUUCAUCGCCACGUCGCGCUGACAGCAAGAAAGAGAAGAUUAAUAGCCCGAAGCUGAUGAGCACGCUCAUAGAGUUGCCACUGCUUUUGAAGUAUAUGGCAUUAUUCGUGCUCUUCGGACUCCUCAUCCUCAGUCCACAAACUUCUGCGUCUUGCAGUGACGCGAGGUCGAGCAGAGAAGACGCCGAGCGCUUUCGGGUUGAACAAGCUGCGCCUUUAGGACCCAAACGACCCCCACAUAUCAUCUUCAUACUGACAGAUGACCAGGGUUUCAAUGACAUCGGAUAUCACAACAGACACAUCCGCAGCCCGACGCUGGAUAAGCUGGCUUCACAAGGAGUGCGCCUGGAGAACUACUAUGUCCAGCCGCUGUGCACCCCGUCCCGCAGCCAGCUCAUCACAGGCAGAUAUCAAAUUCACACUGGCCUCCAGCACUCCAUCAUCAGACCACGUCAACCCAGCUGCCUCCCUCUGGAUGUGGUCACACUCCCUCAACGCUUACAGGAAGUCGGUUACUCCACUCACAUGGUGGGGAAGUGGCAUUUGGGCUUCUAUCGGAAAGACUGUUUGCCCACACGUCGGGGAUUUCAGAGCUACUUCGGUUCAUUGACCGGCAGCGUAGACUAUUAUACAUAUGGCUCAUGUGACGGCAAGUCAUUGUGUGGCUUUGACCUCCACGAAGGUGAGUCAGUGGCAUGGGGGAAAGCGGGGAAGUACUCAACUCACCUCUACACCCAAAGAGUGCGCAAAAUCUUAGCAACACACGACUCAACCAGUCAGCCUCUUUUUAUCUUCCUUUCCCUUCAGGCGGUGCAUACACCUCUAAAGCCACCCAAAGAGUACAUCUACCCAUACCGCCGCAUGGGCAAUGUCCCCCGCAGGAAAUACGCAGCCAUGGUUUCUAUCGUUGACGAGGCAGUCCGAAACAUAACUUACGCGCUGCGAAAGUAUGGCUUCUACCAUAAUAGCAUCGUCAUCUUCUCCACUGACAAUGGAGCCCAGCCAUUAACAGGGGGCAGUAACUGGCCUCUACGAGGGUGCAAGGGGACAUAUUGGGAAGGUGGCAUUAGAGGGGUGGGUUUCGUGCACAGUCCCUUGAUACGCCAUCGAAGAAGGGUCAGCAGAGCCCUUAUACACAUCACUGACUGGUAUCCAACUCUAGUUAGACUUGCUGGGGGCAAUGUGUCGCAGCAUCAGGGCUUAGACGGGUUUGAUGUUUGGCCUACCAUUAGUGAAGGAAAGGAAUCCCCACGAAUGGAAAUUCUGCACAACAUCGACCCUCUUUAUAGGCGGAGUCAGGGCUCGUUGAAGGACGGCUAUGGAUUGUGGGACACCACCGUGCAAGCAUCCAUCAGAGUGGGCGACUGGAAGCUUUUGACGGGUGACCCUGGCCAUGGGGAUUGGGUGCCGCCCCAGAUCCUUACAAACUUCCCUAGCAGCUGGUGGCACCUGGAGCGACAGAUUGAAAUAAAAAGACAAUCAGUUUGGCUCUUCAAUGUUACAGGCGACCCUUAUGAACGGCAUGACCUUGCAGCGCACAGGCCUGACGUCGUCAAGGAACUGCUAGCACGGCUAGUGUUUUACAAUCGCACUGCAAUACCUGUUCGCUACCCGCCAGAUGAUGCCCGCGCUAACCCCAGUUUGAAUGGCGGUGCAUGGAGACCUUGGGUGAACGACGACGAAAAGCAGGAAAACUGGGAUGGAAUUUAUUACAAGAGAGGAAAGAAUCGCAAAAGAAAGAAAUGUAGGCUCUGCAAAGUACAAUCGUUCUUCAAGAAGCUUAAUUUAAAGAUUAUGUCAAAACAAAUAUAAGAUUCUUCU